CAUUGCAAGAAACAAAUAAAAUUGAGUUCACACAAACACAUGGAGAAGAAAAACAUAGAUCCUAGAAAACCACAUUGUUUGGUGUUAUCUUACCCAGCACAAGGUCACAUAAACCCCAUGAUCCAAUUCUCAAAGCUCUUGGUACAUGAAGGAGUGAAAGUAACACUAGCCACCACAUGUUUCUAUAGCAAGAGCUUACAAAAGGUGCCACCUUGCAUAUCACUUGAAUCGAUCUCUGAUGGGUUUGAUAAUGGUGGGUUUGUUGAAGCUGGAAACUUUAAGGCCUAUUUGGGCCGGUUUUGGGAAGUGGGCCCACAAUCACUUUCUGAGCUUAUAGAGAAGCUUGCUAAAUUAGGCAACCCUAUAGAUUGUAUUAUCUAUAAUUCAUUUUUGCCAUGGGCAUUGGAUGUUGCUAAGAAAUUUGGUAUAGUUGGUGCUGUUUAUCUCACUCAAAAUUUGGGUGUGAAUAGCAUAUACUAUCAUGUUCAAUUGGGGAAGAUUAAGGUUCCUCUAAUUGAGGAUGAGAUCUCACUUCCUUCUAUGCCUAAACUUCAACUUGGGGACUUGCCUUCUUUCUUCCAAAAAUGCGAUGAUGAUGAAGAUCAAAUUUUGCUUGACUUGUUAGUGGGUCAAUUUUCCAACAUUCAUAAAGCUGAUUGGAUUCUAUGCAAUGCAAUCUAUGAGUUGGAUAAAGAGGUGGCUGAUUGGACAAUGAAAAUUUGGCCAAAAUUUAGAACCAUUGGACCAAAUAUUCCCUCUGUAUUUUUGGACAAACGAAUUAAGGAUGAUGAAGAUUAUGGAGCUGCAGCAUUCAAGAGUGAAGAAGAAUGCAUGGAAUGGCUACACAAUAAACCAAAUGGAUCAGUCAUUUAUGUAUCAUUUGGGAGCUUGGUUCCUCUUGAUGAAGAACAAAUGAGAGAAAUAGCAUAUGGUCUAAGAAAUAGUAAUAAUUAUUUUUUGUGGGUGGUUAGAACCUCUGAAGAGAUUAAACUUCCAAAAGAUUUUGCAAAGAAAUCAGAGAAGGGUUUGGUAGUAACAUGGUGCUCCCAAUUGAAAGUACUAGCUCAUCAAUCUGUGGCAUGUUUUGUAACACAUUGUGGUUGGAACUCUACAUUGGAAACUUUAAGUUUAGGAGUUCCAACUAUUGUAGUGCCACAAUGGUCUGAUCAAAUCACAAAUGCAAAGUAUAUGGUUGAUGUUUGGAAAGUGGGAAUUAGAGUUCCCAUUGAUGAGAAAAAGAUUGUGAAGAGUGAAGCAUUGAGGGAUUGCAUAAAGGAAAUGAUGGAGUGUGAGAAAGGAAAACAGAUGAAGAAUAAUGCCAUGCAAUGGAAAUCUUUGGUUCUCAGAGCAGUUAGUGAUGGUGGUGGUGGAAGUUCCCAUAGAAACAUCAUAGAAUUUGUAAAUAGCUUCUUUCCCUCAGAAGUUACAUGUCCUAAAUUAGAAAUUACUUCCUAAUCAACAAGCUCUACUUUUUUUUCCUACUUUAUUGUAUUUGCAUGAAUCUAUAGCUUGUUUGUUAUAUGAGAUAAUACUCAAUUUGAUCUAUGAAGUUAUACUCGAGUUUCAAUUUAGUUUUUAAAGUUUUAAUUGUCUCAAAUUAGUCCUCAAACUUUUUAAUUGACUCUGUGAUGGAAACCACUACAGGGACUAACGUGAUUAAAAUUUGAAAAGUUCAGAAACUAAAUUGAGACAAUUAAAAUCUUAAAGGCUAAAUUGAGACUCGAAUGUAAUUUCAAGGAUCAAAUUGAAUA